AUGGCCAGUACUAUGUUGGCUCAAGCAAUUGUAGAGUUUUUCAAACACAAGGUUGUUAGUAGCAUUAUAAUAUUGGCAUGCUGGCCUCCCUCAGACCAAAUAAAGUUCACUCGGGAACUAUCGCAGUUUGGAAUGAGCAGUAUGUUCUCCUGCGAUCCAGCCAUUCUUGAUCACAUUCGUCACCACUAUUUGCAAGGAGUAAUCUACAUGACGCAUGAACAUGAUGACAUGCCCAUGUUUAAAAAGAUGAAAGGGAUACAUUUUAUGAUGAAGUACAAAUGGCUGAUUGUGGGCGAUCACGUGCCUGACGCGUUGCGGAAGAUUCGGUACGACUCCGACAUGGCCUUCCUCGAAUGCAACUUUGUGAAGAAUAAUGGAACACGAGCUAUUACUGCAAUAACGUCAGAAGCAGUAACCCCAGUACAUAUUUACGACGCAUACGUGCACCCUCGAGAUGGGAUUUCCAUAAACCUUUGGGCUCAUUGGACUAAUGCUUCAGGUCUAAUUUUGACACAUGAAAGAGAGAGGAUACUAAGGCGGCUGGAUUUGAAGAAAUAUCCUUUGAGGAUUGCGACUCCAGUAGGUCAUUACAGCAGUGAUAAAUACGAUGGAACUUUCGUUGACUUUUUGGAAGACGAGUCUAUCUCAGACCAGGACCCUGGCAUCCGUAGUGGCUAUGGUACAUCGAUGCUUCUCACUGAAGUCGUUAAUGCUCAAGAUGUCUUGAUAGAGAAUGAGCUCUGGGCAGCCAUGAUCAACAACAACAGUAUGUACGUAAUGCUGACCACCGGCGAAGCUGAUCUCUCCGGGGCAAUACUGCGGAUCCUCUAUGAAAGGACUUUUACACUAGACUAUGUUAUGCCGAUUUGGCCUUUUAGGGUAGGGUUCACGUACUUAGCAGAGCGUGAAAGUAGCAGCAACAUGUAUUUGGAGCCGUUUUCUCCAGGAGUAUGGUGGUCCUGUCUCGCUAUGAUGGCCAUCCUAGCGCUCGUUGAAAGGGUCACGUCGAAAACCCCGAUGGAGAAGGAUGGCGCCUUCUACACUGUUCUAACUACGUGGUUGCAGCAAGACGCUAGUGCGGUACCUGUAGGUGCAUCAGGCAGAUGUGCAUUCACUGUUCUAUCAGUGAGCGCUAUGUUAGUGCAUGCGUACUACACGUCAGCCAUAGUCUCUGCUCUAAUGAGCACAGGCCGGGGUGGACCUGACUCGCUGAGGGCACUCGGAGACUCCAAAUAUGCGAUUGCUUCAGAAGAUUACGAUUACAUGCGAUAUUUGUUCUUUGAUGUGGAAACGACAUGGGACGACUUAGAAUACUUGAAGAAGAAGAAAAAGACGUCAAAGUUCUACCAGGAACUGAAACGGGGCGUUGAGCUCAUAAGGCAGGGCAGCACUGCCUUCCACAGCGAGUACAACCAGAUCUACCCGCACUUUAAGACCUUCAGUGAUGAGCAGAUUUGCAAACUGCAGCAUGUUGACACUAUUCCUGAGACUUUAACCUGGAUAAUAUCAACCAAAGAUGGUCAGUGGACUGAAGUUCUGCGCACAGCUGGAGGUUGGUUACUAGAGACCGGGUUAGGGAAGCGACUGGUAGCGAGGCUGAGGAUCCCUCAACCUCCCUGCAGAGCCUCACUCCUCGCCGAGCGUGUCAAAUUAGGAGACAUCGCAUCCCUACUGGCCCUCACUAUAUUUGGAGCUUUCCUCUCAGUUGUUUUACUUGGAGUAGAGAUUCUUGUCGCUAAGGCUAAAAAUUCUAAUCUAUCCGAAGCGCCACUGUUAUCAAAGGUGCAGCCGCCUACAACCAGCCCUGCAACAGACGAGACCCCAGCAACGCCUACUGAGUACACAACCACACCACCAACGACCACAUACGACCCCUCAACGUACCUUUACCCACAAGUGGUAUUCGUGUCUCCCUCUCCUCCUCCUGCACCCAGUCCCCCAAUGACAUCCAUUCCAGCUCCAGUCCCACGUUAUACGUAUGAAGCUAGUCCACCCCCUGAAUAUACUCCAAGUCCACCUCCCCCUCGGCCUUCGCCGUAUGGUUAUGAUUAUCCUUACCCUCAAUACGCUCCACCACCUUACUCCCCGCCUUGUACUCCAUAUCCCUAUCCUUACCCGACGCAGCAUGAGCAGCCGCCUACUGCAUACAAACCAUAUCCUCCACCACCUCCAUCACCUUCUGCUUACAAACCGUAUCCUCCAGCGCCUACUCCCCCAGUUUCAUAUCCGCCUGCUUCCUACCCUGUAGCUGCUCCAUAUCCACCUGCACCCCAAUACUAUCCAGUUCCACCACCUUGCCCCCCUUCGUAUCCCCCUCCACCUGUGUACCCAGCUCCCCCGACUUAUCCCGCAUCCUAUCCAAAAUAUCAUGAAAUACCACGGUAUGCGUAA